AAGCAAAAGCAUUGCGGUUUGAGUAAAGUAAAAUGACAAUUAACACUGGAUGUAAGUUUAGCGUGUAAUAUUAAUUAAUGCUGAAUAGCUGAUAAGAUUUAAAUGCUUAGGUUUACUUGAUUUUGUUUUUCUAAUAUGUGAAGAAACGUUGCCUACGCCGUCGCCUAACUCUUAGUAACAGUGAAAGCGAAAGUGAUGUUGGGUACAAAUUGUAAAGCCACGUGAUAACACAAAUUUGUACUUUCACCUGACUUCGUGGGCAGUCAUGUGUUUAUUUGCUGAUAAACUGUCAAAGUGACUUUGAAAUAGUGGAGAACCGAAGUUAAUUAAAUUAACUCUACUAGUAUUUUUACAAACUAUAAUCUGUACAUUUUAAUGAAAAAUGUGAAAAUGCCAAAAGAAAUUUCGUGAGAAUGGAGCUUUACAGUUUUGAUCUCCAGUUUUUGCGACGUCUCUUUAAACUUAUAACGUACUUGUUUCAAAGAAAAGUCGUGCAUUUCUUGUUUUUGUUUUUACUAUUUUUGGCUCUUGUGGAAGAGUUUGUUGUUUACCGAGUAGGACUUAUUACUAGUGAGUAUUACAAAACGCUUGGUGAAAAAAAUUGGGCGGGGUUUUGGUUGCAUACAGUUAAGGCUGUUUCCCUUAUUUUCGCAAUUUCGUUUGUAAAAAGCAGUAGGGAAUAUACCGCUUCUGUCCUUUACGUUUCAUGGAGACAGUUGUUGACACAAGAACUUCAGAAAUUAUAUUUUGCUGGCUUUAACUACUAUAAAAUAAAUGUUGUGAAUUGUCAUUUGGAUAACCCUGACCAAAGAAUAACCCAAGAUGUUGAGAAAAUGUGCAAAGCAUUAAGUACAGCAAUUCCAACCAUCAUUGUUUCACCAUUUACCAUUGCAUACUAUAGUUAUACCUCGUAUGAAACAUCGGGUAUCAUUGGACCUGGUGCAAUUUUGUUGUUUUUUGUCAUUGGAACAGUAAUUAACAAAUUUUUGAUGUCUCCUGUUGUGAACAAAGUCUUCUUACAGGAGAAGUAUGAGGGCUUUUUUCGUUUCAAACACAUGCACCUUCGAACUUAUGCAGAAUCUGUUGCUUUUCAAGAUGCUGGUCACACAGAACUCUCUCACACUAGUCACAAAUUAGCCAGUCUGGUUGAAGUUCAACAGCAAUUAUUUAUCAAACAAUAUCCUCUGAGUCUGUCAGUCAAUCUUUUUAACUAUUUGGGUAGUAUAAUAAGUUUCAUGGUUUUAGCUGUACCACUGUUUGCAGGAAAAUAUGACUCUCUUUCUGGACCUGAUCUUAGUGCUUUGAUUAGCAAAAAUGUUUUUGUUUCUAUAUACCUUAUUUCUUGUUUUAGUCAAUUAGUUGAUCUAUCCACAGUCUUCACAACAAUUGCAGGAACAACCCACCGUAUAGGUGAAUUGCAUGAAUAUUUGACAAUGUUAAAUGAAAGACAAAAUGAAGUUAGCCAUCUAAAAGCCAACAGUGAACUUGAUUCUGAUGAUGGGGAAACAUUAUUCCAGUUGUCUGAAGUGUCGUACAUGCCACCAAAUGGGAAUACCCCACUAGUUGAAGGACUGACUUUCUCAGUAGUUAAAGGAACAAAUAUUGUUGUCAUGGGUGCAAGUAGCAGUGGAAAAACUUCCUUGUUAAGAGUGUUAAAAAACCUCUGGCCUAUUUCUGGUGGUUCAUUGCAACGCAGAAUUACUUUUACUCCAUCACAAGUUCUUUUUCUCCCUCAGAAACCUGUUAUGACUGAUGGAUCAUUAUACCAACAAAUAAUUUUUCCACUGGAAGAAGCUAUUCUUUACCAAAGCUCGCUUGAGAGAAAACAGGAAGUUGAAAGAUAUCUUUCCUUGACUGAUCUGAAUCACAUUUUGGAUCGUGCUAAAGGACUAGACACAACAGUUGAAUGGAACUGGGAAGAUGUUCUGUCUCCGGGAGAAAUGCAGCGACUUUCUUUUGUACGAUUGUUUUACCACUGUCCUCAAUUAGCAGUCCUGGAUGAGGCUACAAGUGCAGUGGGUCAAGAAAUGGAAGAGGUGUUGUACAGACAGUGUAGUAACCUUGGAAUCACUCUUCUUAGUGUUGGUCACAGACAAACUUUAACCAAAUAUCAUGACAAGAUUUUAUGGUUUGAUGGAAAAGGAGGAUGGCAGUUUCGAAACUUGCAACCCAAUAAAAUGGGUGAUACUGUGCCAGGCGUAAGCACGUAAGUUUUUGUAUAGAUUAGCUGCUUGACUCAUGAUCAAAUAUACUCCUGAAUUAUGUUACCAAAAAAAAUACUCAAACUUUUAUGCAUGACAUACCUGAAGGAAAUUUCAUGUACAUUUCAAACUUAAGAUUAAUUUUGAUAUCUUGUUCAUAUUAUCAUUAUCCAAAAACUCAUCCAUCAUAGAUUAAAAAAAAAACUUUUAAAUUUAAACAAAACCCAGGUAAAUGUACCCCGAAGCAUUGAAAAACAAAUACUUCUUUAUAAACAAAAUUCCCUUUUAUAGUAAAUAUAUUGAUAAUAAAUAAUACAAAUGUGUGAAUUUUGAUCUAAUUCCUUAACCAUCUAUUUAAAGCUGUUUUUCUUGAGUAUUUUCAAGAUAAAUUAUUCAAGAUCAUAUCAAAGAUCUCCAGUUGAAAAUUCUGAAGAAUUUCAUGAAAUCUAUGAUAUACAACCAAACACUGCUCCUGAACAAAAUUUUAAAAUGUUUCUUAUAUUUUUAUUUUAGUAUUUUACAUACUGUAUUAGCUUAACCUGUCAGAAAAUUAGAUGUAUUAAUAUUGGAAAUAACUGUAUAGUAGCAGAAUUAAAUUGCCUCUCAUAAACACAACUAGAUAUUUGUGUUAGGAUUCUUUAGUCUUAUUCAAUUAAGUACAUGUAGUUACAAACUAAUUGAGAAAAAAAAGACAGUUAGGCUCUAUAAAAGCAAUAUUUAUGUUGGUGUGUUGCUUAAGAGAAGUAUGUAAAAACUAUGCUCUGAUAGUAAGCAUAAUCCACAGCAAACAUAAAUUUGCCUUAGAAUUAGCAUUUUUCUGUGCCAGAUAUGAAUAAUGAAACAAAAUGUGUAUUUGAAAAAUACAAAUCAUUUAUCUUGUGAAAUAAAAAAAAACAUUAUAGCUGAUUAGUACUAAUUGCAAUGGAUUAAAACAAAAUUAUUAGCCAUUAGAGAUUUGCCUUAAAAUGUACCUUAACGUUACAAGUCUCACAGCUUGAAGCUGUACUACCUUAUGUUACUAUUAUGUUGUGGAAAACUGUUUCUCUAUCCAUAUCUGUACAUGUAUGUGUUGUGGUCAGUUGCAAAGUUUGUAAAAUCAAAAGGCAUUGUAUAUUUAUAUAUAAAGUAUUUGUGCCAAAUUUGAGACAUCUAAAUCUGCCAAGGUAAUUUUUUAUGUAUAAAAUUUCAAGAAUAUAGGAAACCUUCCAGAGCAUUGUGUGUUAAUAACUUGGUUAGAAUUAGGGACACUGCAUACUGUGUACCAUAAGAUGAUCAAAGUAUUUUGACAUGUGAAAAUUGGAAUUUUUUUAGUCAGUAUUUGUUGUAGAAUUGCUCAAUUUUGGUUAACUAACCAUCAUAUUGCUGUAGGGACUGAUAGUGUCCUAUUUAGAUGAGUGUUAUUAAUUAAUGUCUAUGUAUUUUGCAAUAAACCAUUAGAAACCACUCAGAAGUAUUCCCACCAGUCAUAGUCAGAAUACAUGUAGGCAUUAUGGAAACAAAUUAUUUUGUGAAUAAUUGAACUGUGUACUGUUAAAGCCAGGAUGCCUUAGUUUUACCUCCCAUACUUAGUUAAUAAUUACUGUCACAUCCAAACAUAAUAAAAAAAAAAUUUAGGUGUAUACAGUUUCUGCUGGGUAAAAAAGCAGUUUUUAAUCUUCAUUGUGAUAAUUAAUGGAAUUUAAAAAUUUUAAUUUUUGCAUAUCUUGGCAAAAAGAAAGUAUGCAGAAUAAGGUAUAAAAGGUCCCAAAUAUAGAUGCUUUUAUAAAUUAGCAUUUGUAUAAACAUUUAACUUGUAGAUCAAGAUUGAUGCUUUUUAAAUUAGCAAUACUUACUGUUCUUGUCAAACUACUACUACCAGAGAUAAUAGAUACUUGUUUAUUUGCAAACAAACACCUCUAAAAUAAGAGUUGGAAAUGCCAGACUAUUUAUAAACAACUCUUAUUAAUUAUUUUAUUUGCAGACUUUCCAUUGGAUAAGAAUAAUUUAUUCUGUAUAAAAUAUUUAGAUUGCAGGACUCGUUUCUAUGGUCAUUGUUUUAAACUUUUUUCUAAACAUAUAUGGAACAAGUUAGGUGGUUUUAAAUAUUAGAUUAUAAAGUUGGAAUAACACAAAGCUGGAAACAACUCCAACCCAUCAAGUAAUACAAACAAGCUUAUGUAAAAUUUUUAGUGUAGGAAUUUCAUAAGGAAAUGAUUUUCUUUCUUGAAGUUUUUUAUUAUUUAUGAUAGAUUGCUGAUUCAGAAACUUAUACUUCUGUUCUCUUUCUACAAUAAAAUUAAUAGUUUUAUUAUUUUGUAUGCAAUAUUGCCAAAAAUAGCUUCUCAAAUGAAUGAAAAAUUCUUACCAAAACAUUUAUUAGUUAUUUUAAAUAACAUAUGCAAUAUGUUUUAAUGGUAAACAGAAGAAAAGAUGUGGGAAACCAUUAUGCUGUGAAUGAAACUAGCUUUUUAAAUGUAUUUGUAUAAUACUAAUAAAUUAGCAGAUAUACAAAUUAUAAUUGGAACAUCUUCUGGUAAAGUGUUGGAUAUAUAAUAUUGUUUUUUGUCAUUUUUUGAAACUACCGUAUUGGCCUGAUUAUAGGACAAUAUUGAAUAUAAGGCAACCCCCAUUUUUAGAAAUCAUGGGAAAGAAAAAAAUUGAGUGUCAUAACUUUUUUAGGUCCACAAAAUCAAUGCUAUAACUGAACAGUCUGCAGGUGGAAUUAGUUGCAAUAAUUAGUGCUGACCUUGAGCAAACAUCUGGUGUACAUGUGUAAACGGAUGCUAUCUAGACAGACUAGAAUAGGGGGAAGGGGGCUGAGGUCAGCUGCAAUUUUAAUGUGAUUAUGAAUUUUACAGCCUAAUUAUUAAUAAAAAAACUUCACCUUAUAAUUGAGCCAAUAUGAUAGUUUUUAUAUUUUAUGUACAUGUGCAGUCUGUUUGCUUCUGUAUUAAACAACACUGACAUAGCUAGGCUUUUGAUUUUUAAUCAGAUGAAUUUAAAUUGUUGUUUUUUAAAUACUUCACACUUUAAUUUGGGCUUGUCAAAACUGUAAGUUUAAAACACACCCAAGGGUUAAAGAGAAAUGUUUGUUGAUAUGUGAAAAAUGCAUAUAAUGAAAGAGUCGGUAAUUAAUACUUGUAACCAGCCUACAAAGUUGUGUUCAUAAGAUAAACAGUUAGGAUAUUAUGAACACAGUAGGUAUAUCUUCAGUUAGUUUGACAUGACAAAUUUAAUGUAAAUUUUGUUAUUACUGAUAGUCAGGUCUUUUGGUGUAAAAAGUGUUCUUUAGUGACUCCUAGUUUAGAAAAUAUAUGCUGAUGAUCUGUGUUUUUAUUACAGAAUAUUUUCUUGUGUAACAAUAUUAAAAAUUAAAUUUCAUAUUAUUUGAGAUAUACAUAUAUAAAGUGAAAAUAAAUAUUCAAGCACAUGCUUUUUAAGAGCUAGUUUUGUGUAUAUUAAAUGUGGAGCUUGGUAAUCAAAAAUAUCAUUUCCAUGUUUAAUAUCAUUACAAGUCCUUGGAAUAAAAAUUGUAGCCCCUAGUAUUUUAAUGUAAAAAAAAGUUAUUGGAUGUACCAGUAUUUGUUUUUUUUCUUCUACAAUACUUAAAUUGAUUUUUUAUUUAAAGCUAUUGGAACAGUCUACUGAAGUGUUUAAAAAAAUUAAAACUUUUUCAAUGACUCCAUUCUCCUGCCUUUUUCAAUGCUUAAAAUUGCAAGGGAUUAUUUUGAAACAUAUCUUACUCAUAAGGUAACAAAAGACUUUAUGCAUAGUGGCCAGAUCUAAUAUGAAAGCUUUUGUCUAUGCAAUAAAGAUGUAAAAAUGUAGUAAGGAAUAAUUAAAGUAGUUUGUUUUAGUGUAUAAUGUUUGAUAAUUUCACAUGUUGUGUUUUUAGAGCUGUAGUAGUAGUAGUACUUAGCAAAAUGGUCAUAUUAAUGUUUUAAAUAUAAAUAAUGCUAUGUUGCAUGAAUAAUAUGCAUUUGUAUAUCAGGGUGGUCCAUUUCUACUGUAAGAAUAUUUGUUGCCUUUUUGUACAUCUCUUAAUAUCACACACACAAAAAAAAGGUGGGGGUUGGGAAGUUUUACAUUGAGAAUUUCAGGGUGAUUUUAUUCUGCCUUCUCACAACUGGCUGCAGACAAGGAAAAGCAGUAUUGAGUUGAGGUUGUAGCAUUCAACUCCAAACCCUCCACUGACUUUCAUGACAUUGGUGUCUGGAUCUUGAUUGAUAGAUAGAAUAUAUCUAAUACAUUUGGGUGCUAUGGCCACAGUCAUUAUCCGUUAUGACCUAAAGAUGACAAUGAGGACUGGUAAUGAAAGAAUUUUUUUUUUUCGUUGUGUGUGUGUGUAUACACACACAAGUAUGAAUAUAAUUAUAAAUAACUUCUUAGAUUUCAUAUAUUGAGUUAAUUUACUGUAAAACUGUUGACCCUCUACCAGUGAUUUCUUUGAAUUCAGACUUAACGUGAUUUAAACAUAUUACUUGCAAUGCAAACCUCUUUAGCUGCACUUCUGCCAUCAUGUAAAAUUAUUUUUUAAUACCUUUACAUGCUUUAAGGAAUAUCCACAUAUAAUGUGAGAGUUCUAAGUUUAUAGCAUUACUUAUCAUAUCUAGAACCAGACUAAUGACAGGUGUGAUCAGUAUCCACAUGUAAUAUAUGAAUCUCCAGUACCAAUCUGGUGAGAGGAGUGAUAAAUAUACACACAAGAAUAAUACUAUACAUUCUUGUGUUUAUUUAACAACAAUUAAUAAUUACCUGCAGAAUGAUUUUUAAUAAAACAUGCAUAGUUAAAUUUUGAUAAAAAUAAGUUUGAGACAUGUAUUUUAUAAAAUUAAUUUGUUCAUAAAUUCAUCAAUCACAGCUACAUCUUAGACCAUCACAUCUUGAGGAGAAUAAAGAAUUUUAUUAGAUGAUUUACUAAUAGUUGCGUGCUCAAUACUUCAUCAACAUAUGCAUUAGGGAGAUGAAAACAGAAGCAUGAUUUAAAGAUAGGUGAGAAAUUCGUUCUGAAUAAGGAGAUAAGUAUGAGUGAUUAAUACUAACUUUUGACCAGAUCAAGCUAUGUACUUACAGCAAUAUUAAAAAAUAACCUGGCACUCAGUACAUCUAAUUAAAUAUAAUUUUUGUACACUCUUACUUAUAAAGAUUAGGCUAUAAUCCUAAUGAUAUCUCACAUGGGUAGACCAGCUUAGAAAAUUUAAGUUUGUCCUAAAAACGUAUAUUAAGGUAACAAUGCAUAAAAGAGUCUAACCAAUACUAUUAAUUAAAGCAACAAUAAAUAUAUAUUUUAUGUAGGGAACACAAACACAAGUUGAAUUAGUGUAGUAGCAUUAAUUUUCUUUGAAAAAUGUAACAUCAAUAUAAUGCCUAAAUUUUCUCUAAUUCACCCUAACAUAUCUUGACCAAUGAAAACUCGUUAAACCAUGCUGCAAUAUAACUUUUAAAAGUGUGGUAUCUGUUACAAAUUUAACAGAUUUUGUUGCCACAAGUUUAAAAAAUUAGGAUACCUAGGUUAUUUCUGCUGUGAUGAAUAUACAAUGAAGAAUAAUUCUGUGAGGUUUUUUAUGUAAGGGUAAUCUGCAUGGAUCAAGAGAAUUUACAGAGUCUGUUUGGUUUGUAUUGAAAGGCAAGUGAAUUUCUCAUGUACAUAUCCUCUAACAAAACCUUAAAAUAUUUUCCUACUGGUAGGGGGCUUUUUCCAUGUCCUUCAGCAAGAUCGUUCAUUGGAAUCUCAUUAGAAAGGAUCCCACAAUCCCUUAUAAUAUGCUCAUUUUGAACACUAUUUUCACACAAGGUAAAAUUUUAUAAUUAAUUAAAACUGUUAUAAUUCCAAACAAUAUAAUUUACUGAGGCAUACUGAACAGUAAUAAGCAGAGCUUCUCCUAAGGAUUUUUUUCAACUGCACAAUUAUAUUUUUUCAUUUUUUAAUACAUGAUGCCUUAUUGCACCUCAUGUAUA